CAGCAGGGGACAGCUAGCAAUCAGAAUUGUACAGCAACGAGUUGGCGCACAUAACAGCGCAACCCAUAGCGGCGGAAAAGAGUCUGGGAGGGCAGUCACUUCGUUGACAAUCGACGAAAAAACCUACUGAGCUGUUGCAAACGGAUUACAUACAAAAACCAAUGAAAUAUCAUUGAAGUAAGAGAAAAACAAACUACAAGCAGUCGGGGAUGAGUGAAAUGUUACUAAAAACAUUUGUCAUUUGACAAAGAGGAACAUCCAGAGGGGGGUGAAACUGCGCCGGAAAAAAUAAAGGAAAAGUGACUUUUUUGGGGUGAAAUUGAGUGUGUGAAAAUAAUCGAAAAAGACCAAGGAGUUGAAAGGCAAAGCGUGUGUAUUGAAAAUAAAGGAUAAAAGCGAGGGAGUGGGGAGAAUAAAUCGUGCUGGGGGGGUCAGAGGGAUUGGUGACGUGUUCCCUGGGGGGUGGGAAAAAAUAAGGUCGCAAGGAUGACGGGUGUUGAGGAGGGUAAAGGGAGUGGUGGUGAGGGCACCGACGUUAGCGCCACCGAUAAGCUUGGACAACAGAACGGCGCACCGGAAAAAGCACCCGUUGUUGCCGGAACCAAUAUGGAAACAUUACCAAGACCCGGCAAACAGAGCGAUCCAAGUACAGCUUUCCUCCGGGCUGCACGAGCUGGACAACUGGAGAAAGUCUUGGAAUUCUUAGAGUCUGGAGUUGACAUCAAUGCUUCAAACGCUAAUGGCUUGAAUGCUCUCCACUUGGCAGCCAAGGACGGCCACUUGGAGAUUGUGAGGGAACUCUUGACGCGCGGUGCAACUGUCGACGCAGCCACCAAGAAAGGAAACACCGCUUUGCACAUUGCUUCUCUCGCCGGACAAGAGGAAGUUGUGCAACUGCUUGUUCAGAAAGGUGCCUCUGUCAAUGCUCAAUCACAGAAUGGUUUCACCCCAUUGUACAUGGCAGCCCAGGAAAAUCAUGAUUCCGUCGUUAAAUUUCUUCUCAGUAAAGGAGCGAAUCAAACACUCGCCACUGAGGAUGGUUUUACUCCGCUUGCUGUUGCCAUGCAGCAGGGUCAUGAUAAGGUUGUCGCUGUCCUCCUGGAAAGUGACACGAGAGGAAAAGUUCGAUUGCCCGCACUUCACAUUGCCGCUAAGAAAGACGACUGCAAAGCUGCUGCAUUACUACUUCAAAAUGACCAUAAUCCAGACGUGACAUCAAAGAGUGGCUUUACACCCCUUCACAUCGCUGCUCACUACGGAAAUGAUCGAAUUGCCUCAUUACUGUACGAAAAAGGGGCGGACGUUAAUUUUGCAGCUAAGCACAAUAUAACUCCAAUGCACGUAGCAGCCAAAUGGGGAAAAAUAAAGAUGGUGAAUUUAUUGAUGAGCAAAGGUGCCAACAUCUCGGCUAAAACACGAGACGGUCUAACGCCUCUUCACUGUGCAGCUCGAGCUGGCCAUCACGAGGUUGUUGAUAUUCUGAUUGAAAAGGGCGCUCCAAUUGGCUCGAAAACGAAGAAUGGUUUGGCACCACUGCAUAUGGCGUCUCAGGGUGACCAUGUAGAUGCUGCUAGAAUUUUACUCUACCAUCGAGCCCCUGUCGACGAAGUAACUGUAGAUUAUCUAACUGCUCUUCACGUUGCGGCUCACUGUGGCCACGUACGUGUUGCAAAAUUGCUUCUCGACCGCAAUGCAGAUCCUAAUGCCAGAGCAUUGAACGGCUUCACUCCACUCCACAUCGCGUGCAAAAAGAAUCGCAUUAAAGUGGUGGAAUUGCUGCUUAAGCACAAAGCUAGUAUCGAAGCAACGACUGAGUCCGGCCUUACGCCUCUUCAUGUCGCUAGUUUUAUGGGCUGUAUGAAUAUUGUUAUAUAUUUAUUGCAAAACGAAGCUAGUCCCGAUAUACCAACGGUCAGGGGAGAGACACCACUCCAUCUUGCCGCAAGAGCUAAUCAAACGGAUAUCAUCAGAAUAUUGCUGAGGAAUGGAGCGCAAGUUGAUGCUAGAGCUAGAGAAGAGCAAACGCCACUUCAUGUUGCUUCACGCCUGGGCAAUGUCGAUAUUGUCAUGCUCUUGCUCCAACACGGUGCCGACGUUGAUGCCACAACAAAAGACUUGUACACACCACUCCACAUCGCAGCCAAGGAAGGCCAAGAGGAAGUGGCAUCUGUAUUACUGGAGAACGGCGCCUCCCUCACAGCAACAACAAAGAAGGGCUUCACACCCCUCCAUUUGGCUGCUAAAUACGGUAACAUGAACGUAGCUAGGCUUUUACUUCAGAAGAAUGCACCAGUUGAUGCCCAAGGUAAAAAUGGUGUGACACCACUUCACGUUGCAUCACAUUACGAUCAUCAGAAUGUUGCACUUCUACUGUUGGAUAAGGGUGCAUCGCCCCAUGCAAUGGCUAAAAAUGGUCACACUCCUCUUCACAUUGCUGCUCGAAAAAAUCAGAUGGAUAUUGCAACUACCCUUCUGGAAUAUGGGGCAAAGGCAAACGCCGAGUCAAAGGCUGGCUUUACGCCUCUUCAUCUCAGCGCUCAGGAGGGUCACACUGACAUGUCAACUUUGCUGAUUGAACAUAAAGCUGAUACUAACCACAAAGCUAAGAAUGGACUUACGCCGCUUCAUUUAUGCGCACAAGAAGAUAAAACCAAUGUUGCUACGAUUCUCGUUAAAAAUGGAGCUCAGAUUGACGCGAAGACCAAGGCGGGCUAUACACCACUGCACGUGGCUUGCCACUUUGGUCAAGCAGCGAUGGUGCGUUUCUUAUUGAGAAAUGGAGCUGCGGUUGACAGUGGUACUGGGGCCGGAUAUACACCACUUCACCAAGCCGCACAACAGGGCCACACAUUGAUCAUUAAUCUGCUACUUGAGAGUAAAGCCCAACCCAAUGCAAUCACAAACAAUGGCCAAACAGCAUUGGCAAUCGCGCAAAAGCUGGGCUACAUUAGUGUGGUUGAAACCCUCAAAGUCGUCACAGAAACUGUUAUCACGACAACGCAUACAAUUACGAUUGAGGAAAAGUACAAAGUUCAAGCACCGGAAUCCAUGCAGGAGACAUUUAUGAGUGACAGUGAGGAUGAAGGCGGUGGUGAUGAAAUUGGAAUGGCGGCCAUGAAUGUGUAUGGACAACCGCCACACGCGCAACACGUGUAUCUCCCUUCCUACUACCAGGGCCAAAUGACCUACACCCGCGAAGAUCCAAUGCUCAGUGACCAGCAGCAGUAUCGUUACAUGACUGUUGAUGACAUGAAGUCAAUGGGUGACGAUUCAAUGAGGGUAAAUGUUACCGACGAUGAGAAGGACAAUCGACAUUCCGGAGGUGUUAGUGUUACCGAUAUGGUAACCAAAGAGACCUAUCAGCGUACUAAUGCAGCGAAUCUCAAACCUGACAACGUAGAUAUCCACAGACAUCCAGUACACGUUGGAAUUCCACAAUGGAGAAACUUCCUGGUUUCCUUUCUGGUGGAUGCACGUGGGGGUGCGAUGAGAGGCUGUCGACACAGUGGCGUACGUGUUAUUGUACCACCGAGAAAGGCAGCGAUGCCCAUGAGAGUUACGUGCAGAUAUUUGAAGAGGGAUAAACUUACAAAUCCACCACCUUUGAUGGAGGGCGAAGCGCUUGCUAGUAGAAUUCUUGAACUUGGUCCAGUUGGCGCCAAGUUUUUGGGGCCAGUGAUCAUUGAAGUUCCACAUUUUGCAUCACUUCGGGGUAAAGAACGAGAGAUUGUAAUUCUACGAUCAGAUAAUGGAGAGACCUGGCGUGAGCACACCCUGGAGGCUAGUGAAGAGGCUGUACAGGAUGUGCUAAAUGAGAGCUUUGAAGGAGAAGAAUUGAGCCAGCUAGAGGAUCUUCAGACUUCUCGAAUCGUUCGAAUUCUCACGGUAGAUUUCCCACACUACUUUGCAGUGGUAUCGAGAAUAAGACAAGAGGUGCACGCAGUUGGUCCUGAAGGUGGAACUGUUUCAUCUUCAGCAGUACCACAAGUUCAAGCAGUAUUCCCACCUGCUGCAUUGACGAAAAAAAUAAGAGUCGGUCUGCAGGCACAUCCAAUACCCGUCGAACUGGUAGCCAAACUUCUUGGUAAUCGUGUGGCAGUAUCACCAAUAGUAACUGUCGAGCCUCGACGAAGAAAGUUUCACAAACCAAUUACACUGACGAUACCUGUACCUCAAGCGGCUAACAAGGGCAUGAUAAAUCAGUACUCUGGCGAGACCCCAACAUUGAGGCUGCUUUGCAGUAUAACUGGGGGUCAGUCACGGGCGGUCUGGGAGGACGUAACAGGCUCAACACCUCUCCAAUUCGUCAAGGAUUGUGUUUCAUUCACAACAACUGUCUCAGCUAGAUUUUGGUUGAUGGACUGUAGAAAUGUCACCGAAGCAACCAGAAUGGCUACUGAACUUUAUACCCAUGCUACUCAUGUUCCUUUCAUGGCCAAGUUUGUAGUUUUUGCAAAACGUGUGGAUCCUCUAGAGGCACGUCUCCGUGUAUUCUGCAUGACAGAUGACAAGGAGGACAAAACAUUGGAACACCAAGAGCACUUCACAGAAGUGGCAAAAAGUCGAGAUGUAGAAGUUCUCGAGGGUAAAACUCAGUACAUGGAGUUUGCUGGUAACCUCGUGCCAGUUCUGAAGAGUGGCGAACAACUUCAAUUGCCCUUCCGGGCAUUCAAGGAGAAUCGUGUGCCAUUCACCGCUCGGGUUAAAGAUCCAGACGCAGCGGACAUGGUCGGUAGAAUAAUGUUCAUGAGUGAGCCCAAGGUAGCCAAGGGUGAGCCACCCCAAACUCCAAUUUGCACACUAAACAUUCUUCUUCCUGAGAAAAUUUCACCUGACGCGGCACACAGUGAACUUGACCUCCUCGAAUUAUCAAAGAACUACAGCUUCUUGAGGGACGGUGGUAUAACUAGACCCGACACAAUUCACCGAGCCACUAUUCGUCUCACCGAUAUCGCCAAUCUUCUCGAUCGUGAUUGGGAGAAACUCGCCGAAGAAAUCAAUAUAUCACCGAGUGAUGUGGAAUUAAUAAAGUUAGAGCAUCCAGACAAACCGGCUCUCCAGGCCGCUACUAUGUUCAAGAUAUGGCAGGCCAACGGAAAUAAAGCCACAGGGAAUACUCUUGAGAAGGCCCUCAAUAAAAUUGGACGUGAGGACAUUGUGAAAAAGUGUAUAUUCAACGUUGAACUGGUGACUGACGACGUUGAGAAGGCGGUAGCAAGGGUCAGACUUGAUCAGCCCGGUUUUGAUUCACUUAAAGAGGAGCUCGGUCCAUCCAGAGACUCCUCAUUAAGACGAGAUGGUACACUCGCCGAUCGUAAAACAGAUCUUGAUUACGAGGAGCCAGAUCGAAUGAGAGACUCUGAGUCUAUCGAGGAUCUCAGAGCUGUCGGUAACGUGCCGCACAAACAAACAAAACCGCAGCACAUUACAAUCAAUGGCACUACGGUCUUCAACGGUACCUCCACCCCAAUUAAAGACAAAUACGCUAGCGACGAAAAAGAACUUGUCGACGAAAUGGCUGAUUUUCUGGAGCAUAAGUGUCAUAAGACCGACACAAUGACUAAAAGAAUACGAGACGAAGCAGACGAUGACAAUAGAAAUCGACAAAAGAUAAUUGAGGAUGCGAACAGACUGGUUACUGGUGUUUUACAAGACGCUGAGAAAGAGAAGGAGAAAUUAGCAAAGGAGGGGUGGUCAGGGGUUUAUGAUGAUUCAAGUAAAGAGGCAGAAGGUGCUGUAGGACAGAUUGAGGGAAUCAUAGUUACAGAGAGUGUAGGUCGCGGGGAAGAGUCGAUUGAACCAUUAUUUAUUAAAAAAAAGAAAAUUGAGACACCACAUGGUACUACUAUUACCACAGUUACUACCACGACAAAAGGUGAUCCCAAGAGCGGAACAGUUAUAUCACAAACUAAAACUGUUAAAGAGACAAUUACACCUGGGCAAGUGCAUUUAUUCGAGACUAAACAGCCGGUGACUGUAUUACAGGACAAUUCAAAUAAAAAAGUUACCAUCACUAAAACCAUCAUAACGCUUGAUUCUGAUCAUAAGGAUGUAGAAAUUCCGAGACGAUCGGAUGAACCAAGCGCGCCGAUGGCUGCGUUUGACCCAAACGUUGAAGCCGAUCGCAUCAUGGAACCGGCCCAAGACAUCAUCAGGAUCCAGCCUGAUCCUGUGCUGAUGUCGACAAGAGACGGCAGUGCAAGUGAAAAGGAUAAAUUAUCGAAGGGAAGCAAAGACAUCGCUGAAAAGUCCAUGAAGAACAAACUGAACGAUAACGUGAAAGAUUUGAAAUCUGGAAAACCAAUCAAGGAAACAGAAGCUGGGGCUUACGAAGGCGUGUAUAAUGUGCAUUUAGAUGAUCCAAAGGUUGAAGAAGGAAAGAAGAAAGAGAAAGGCGGCAUUUUCUCCGGCAUAUUCAAGGGACCAAAAGCCAAGAAAGGAAAGAAGAGGGAUUCAAAGGAAGUGUCGUUUGACAGUGGUGAUGAAGAUAUUAAAGCCACUAAAGACUUCCUCGAAGACACAAGAAAAGUGGCUGACUUGAUGCGAGAUUCUCCACAAUUUGAGUAUCCCGCUUUCGAUCCAACUACUUAUAUUUGUAUUUGUCCUCAAAAACUUCCUGAAAAUGAACCAAAUAGAGAUCCUAUUUGGGCCACAGCUGAUUUCCUUUACGAUUCUAGACGAAGUGCUGAGGCAUUUGUACCGGAAAUGGAAGAGCUUGCGGACGAACAGGAAAUCAAACCUAUUGAUGGUGUCGCCAUCACUCCUGAAGCUGAAAAAACUCCAGAGAAGAAGGAGGAAACGAAAGAAGGACCAGUUGGCGUUGAUGAGCAUAAAGAGAAACAUGGUUUCUUCUCAGGUUUGUUCAAAGGUUCAAAGAAGCACGACAGUGAAGUGGAUUCUCCUGUUUUGAAAACCAAGAAGGAAGGUAAGAACAUCAUAGAAAAACAUGAGCAAGAAAUGGAAAAGUCUGCUGCUGAACUGAAAAGUAAUUUGCGCGAUGGAAAACACCAGGCAGAUAUAUCUGUGAAAAAAACUAUAGAUGAAGUCGACAGUGCUGUCACAACGACUAAAAAAUCUGUUCUGGAUGAUAUAAAGGAUUUUAAGAAAACUAUUUCUGAUGAUAAAAAACAGACCGAUGAUCGUUUGAAACGUUUAAGUACUGACUUGAAAUCACUCGACGAUAAAAUCAAGUCCGGCGAGGAUGAAAUAGUAAAAGAUACUAAACAUACUGCGGGAGUAUUGGAAAUGGAUAUAAAAGAAGCAAACAAUGAAGUCAAGGACAAAUCUGGUGGAUUCUUCGGUAUCUUUAAAAGUCCCAAGGCUAAGAGUCGACGUAGUCGAUCGAAAGAUAAGGAUACGUCUAAAGAUGUGUCCUUCGAUAGUGGAGACGAAGAACUUAGAUUGACUACAGCUGUAUUUUUAGAUGACACUAGGAAGGCAGCUGAUAAAGUUCUAUUAGAGAUGGAGAAAGAACCUGAGGUUAAAGACCAAAGUGAUGUAAAAAUCGAAAAAUUCAUCAUGACAGUUCCGGAGGAAUCAGAUUUACCAAAGGAUAAAUUAAGUGGUAGUUCAUACAAGAUAGCUGUACCGAAAAUCGAAACCACAACGGUUAUUACAACAUCGAGUUCAGAGCAAAAGCUUCCUUACGUUGAUAAGAAAAUUAAAACGGAACAAAGGAGAUCGGGUGAGUUCUCUGAUUCAGCCGAUGAAGGCAAAUCAAAGGGGACUAGUUUCUUCGAAAAAUUCAAAAGUCCGAAACUGAGAUCAAGAAAAAAGGAUCGAUCUCAGGAUCGAAGUACUUCAACAGAGCCAUCUUUUGACAGUGGCGAUGAAGAAUUGAGAAACACGACAUCGAAAUUCUUAGAAGAUACACGAAAAAUUGCUGAGGUAACUGGUAGUUACGUUGAGCCUCAAAAAUCCGUAAAGGAUGUCGUAGUCAGUGGAAAAUCUCCAUCUCCCGCGAAGGAGGUUUUGGAAACCAAACCGAUUCAUGACCAAGGACUGGAUAUGAAAUCGAAGGAUGACGAUGGAAGAGGGAAAGGUGGGUUGUUCGGAAUAUUCAAAAGUCCCAAGACUCACAUUCGGAAGAGGAGUAAAUCAAGGGAAAAGAGCUCCUCAACUGACGCUUCAUUCGAUAGUGGUGAUGAAGAUUUGAGAAUAGCUACUUCAAAACUCUUGGAUGACACUCGAAAGAUUGCAGAUAUUAUGGAGGAAAAUCCGUACCCAUCUGCCCCAGCCAUCCAAUCACCGGAAGAAGUUCCUGUAAAAGAAGAAGAUCCAGAAAAACUCAACGAAAAAAGUGGUUUCUUGUCUGGAAUUUUCAAGAGUGCGAAACACGCUGUUGAAGAAGUCACUGAAGAUGUUAAAGAAUUCUGGGAUGAAACAAAAGAAGAGACCGAAGUAGAGAAGGAACGAGCUGUUCAUGCACUUGAAGAAACGACAAAAGUUGCUGCAGGAGUCGGAGAUGAAAUAACUGCGAUUGAAGAAAGUACAAAACUGGUAAACGAUCAGAAAGUUGAAGAAAAUUUAGAUAAAACCAUUGACAACGGGCAAGAUGUAAAAAACGAAAUCGCAGAUGUGACCGAUAAAACGGAGAACAUAACGCAUCAGACUGUAAAAGGACCAAGGGGCUUGAAAGGUAAAGUUAGUAAAGAUGCAGAAAAAAUAAAGACUUCCACUGUGAAACCCUUGAAAAAAGAGAUUGACAUAAAGAAAGGUAGAAGUGUCGAUACGAAGAAAUCCGUGGAUUCCCCAACGGCUGCAAAACGUAAAACUGGAAAGGAACUUGAAAAGCCCAAAGAAAAAGGUCCAGGUCUUCUUUCCGGGAUUAUUAAAAGUGCUAAACACGCCGUGGGUGAGGUGUCUGAAGAUGUUAAAGAAUUCUGGGACGAGACUAAGGAUGAAGCUCAGAAAGAAGAACGAGCACAGAAAGAAGCGGAAACAGAUGUAAGAAAAGCUUCACCUGUCAAAGAUUCCGAUUCGUCAGCUGACGAGAUGAACAAAAAGGAGAAGUUGCCCGCUAAAGAGGGUACAGGAUCUAUAAAAGGACACAAAGGGAAAGUUAUGCAAACCACAACUACAACAAUCAAAACUACUAAAACAUCUCCACCGAAAAAUGGAAAAGCUAUUGAUCAAGCGAAAAAAACCACAGUACAAACUGUUAAAGAAGAAUCUAAAACUGUGAAAAGAAAAGUCAGCGAUGCUGAUAAAUCUGUUGCCGCUAAGACUAAGCUAGUUAAAGACUCCGCUUCCGAAAAAGCAAAGGUCGUAAAAAACGUCUCGGAGAUACCUAAAACUACAAAAGACACGGUUGGUGAUAAAACAAAGUCAGCAGAUCAAUCUUCUGCAGAAAAAGGAAAGCCUACUAAAGGAGGCGUUACAGAAACUCCAAAAUCUGAUAAAACAAAUGGUCAUGAAAAAAUCAAACCGCUGAGACAGUCACCGUCAAAAAUUGUGGGAGACAUCGAUCAUACUAAAAAAGGAAUUCCCAAACAAGUAAAAGGCGAAACAAAGUUAACCAAAAGUAAAGUCGAUGUUAGUUCUAAAGGUGCAGUAGUUGUAAAGGAUCCAGCACCGAAAAAGGACAAAGAAAUAAAGAAAGGAAAGGAAAAGAACUUCUUAACCGGCAUCAUUAGCGAUGUUGAAAGUAGUCCAGAUAACAUUGCUGAACAUGUUAAUCAAUUCUUGGAGGAGACAAGGAAGGAUGCUGAAGAACAAGAGAAACAGCUUCGACGAGAAUCUGAACACAUUGCUACAUCUACUGUAGAUACUACUGGCAAAAUGGUGCAGGAUAUCAAAGCAGUCAAGGAUGAUGCAUCUCGUGAAGUUACUGAUGAAAUUAAGGACAUGGUCGAUGUUAUACAUAAAACUAAGAAAGAAGCGAGCAGUAUUUCUGAUGGUGUCAAAAGCGAAAUUGAAAAAGAAAUCAAACCAAGUCAUGAUAGCAGUAAUGAUAUAACAACCACAGUUAUCGAUUCAUUCGAUAAUGCUGUAAAAGAUGGCAAAAAAGUGAAAGACAAAGGAAAAGGCUUUUUAUUUGGAAUAUUCAAAGGUAGCAAACAUAGUACCGAUGAAUCAACGGAUGAAACUCAAGAUGCAGUCGAUGAAAUAAGGAAAGAGGGUGAAAAAGGAGCAGUGACAAGUACAGCGACGGAUAUAAAGGAAAAAGAAGACCACGAUGUCAACAUAGUUAAAACUCAUAUUGAAAAAACAAGAAACUCCUUCGAUAAGGGAAUUGAAGAGGCUAAAAGACACAUCACUGAUAAAAUCUCAGGUGCGGCUGCAAUGAUUGAAGAUGAUCUUCAUACUACCGAGCGUCAAGCACAAAAAGAACUUGAACAAGGAAAGGAAAUAAUUGACGACGCUUUGAAAGAAACUUCCGAGAAAAUCGAUGAUAAUAUAUCAAAAACCCAUAUUAUUGGGACAACUCCUGAAACUGCUGGAACAACAUCUCACGUGAUUGAAGAUGCAGUAAAACAGACUGCAGAGAAAGUAACCGAGAGUAAAGAUACCACAUUGAAAAAAUUCAAUGAAAAUUUGAAAUUAGCAAAUGAAAAAAUUGCUACUACAACUGAGGAAAUUUCAGAUUCGCUAAAAGAUGGUAAAGAAAAAAUGGAAAAAGAAGCUAAAAAAACUAAAGAUAAAGGUAAAGGAUUCUUUACUAAUAUAUUCAAAGGCUCCAAACACGCAGUUGAUGAUACGACAAAUAGCACUCAAGAGUUCCUCGAAAAAACUAAGGCAGAAGUUGAAAAAGAAAAAGAACAGCUUCAGCACGAUGCAGAAAAAGCCACUGAUAAUAUAACGGAUGUAAAACGGGAACUGGUAAAGGAUUUUGAUGCUACUAAAGACGCUCUUGUAAAUCAAGGUAUAGCCGUUGAUGAUGCAAUUUCCACUACUACAAAGCUGAUAUCGAAAACAACUGGAGACACGACUAAAGAAGUUAUUGAUGACAUAUUAGAUACCAAGCAUACUGUCGGUGAAAAAAUGGAAACGAACGUAGAAGGGCUUACAAAAGACGUUAAGGAAGUAUUUCAAAGCGUAACCGAAACUUCAGAUGAAAGCAAGAUGAAAAUUGAGAAAGAAGAAGUAAAAGCAAAAGAAAAAGGAAAAGGCUUCUUCUCGGGUAUCUUUAAGGGAGCCAAACAUACAUCAGAUGAAAUCGUGGAAGAUGCAAAAGAUCUUGUUCAUAAAGGGAAAGUGGAGUUUGAAAAAGAUAAACAUGAAAUAUCGGAACGCGUUGCGGACACGACCAAAGCCAUGAGUGAUGUAGCAGACAAAGCUGAGAAAAAAGUAGUGGACACUGUAAUUGCAGGCUCUGAUGCUACUGAAGCUGUUGCACAAACCACAGAGAAGGCAGUUUCGAGAGUCACGCACCAAGCAGGAAAAGCCACUAAAGAUACAGUCCACAAAAUCAUUGAUGGUACAACCGAAGCAAAAGAUUCCAUCAGUUCAACAAUUAGCAAAGACACUGAGAAAAUCAAAGGUGAAGUUAAAAGCGUUGUUAAUGCUGCCGAGGAAAAUAAAGAAAAAAUUGAAAUAGAGGUGGGGAAAACUAAAGAUAAAACUAAGGGUUUCUUUACGGGAAUUUUCAAAGGAAGCAAGCAUGCCGUCGAAGAAGUUGUGCAAGAUACAAAAGAUUUAAUCGAUGAAACAGAAAAACAAAUAAAAGAGGAAGAUGUAAAAUUAUCAUUAAAAAUGGCAGAAUCGACAACUGCUGUUGUUGAUGCCACAAAAAGGGGUGAAGACAAGGUCGAUGAUCUGACAAUCAGGAGUAAGAAAGCACUCUCUGAUACGGCAAAACCAGCGGGCGAUGUUUUAACAGGUACUAUAGAAAAAACAUCCGAAAUGUCUAAAGACACCGUUGAAAAACUUUUCGAUAGUGUAGCAGACUCUAAGCCUAAAUCUACUGAAAAAGUAAAGAGGGAAACCAAAGACUUGAAAGAAGACGCACUAUCCUCUACCCGUGCUAUGGUAGAUAGCACAGAAGAAAGUAAGGAUAAGGUGGAAAAAGAAGCAGCGAAAGCUAAAGAAAAAACGAAAGGUUUUUUUUCUGGUAUCUUCAAAGGGACUAAACACGCAGCCGAUGAAGUUAUUAAAGAUACAAAAAAUUUCAUCCAUGAUGCUGGAAAGGAUGUACAACAUGACACACAGAAGUUAUCAAAGCAAGUUUCAGAGAUGAAAGUACAGACUACCGAUACUGCAAGAAAAACUGAAGAGAAAGUCAGUGAUGCUGCUGUUCUUGAUGAAAAAUCAGUUGCUAAUUCCAUUGAAACCGCCGGUGAUGUAAUAUCAAGGACCACAGAGGAAUUAUCCCAAAUAUCUGAAGAUACAAAGCAAAAAAUUUCUGAUGACGUCAUAAAAGCGGAAAUCGCCAUAACAGAAAAAGUCAAAAAAGAUUUAGAAACAUUAGAAGGUGGUGUAAGAGAUUCAGUUCAUACUGUUACAGAUAAUGCUGAAGAAAGCAAACAGAAAGCUGGAAAGGAGGCGGCAAAAGCUAAAACGAAGUCCAAAGGUUUCUUUUCUGGCAUCUUCAAAGGAGCGAAGCACGCUGCGGAUGACGUAGUCGACGAUAUGAAAGAAUUCAUCAAUGAGACUAAACAAGAUGCGAAAACAGAUGAAGAACAACUCUCAAAACAUAUGUCGGAUUCUGCAGAUAAUAUUAAAGAUGCAGCAGGAAAAGUGAAGGACAAGAUGAUCGUCACAGCUAGAGCUGGUGAAGAUGGUCUCGUUGAUAGCGCUAAAGUAGUGGGUGAUACAGUGUCAAAUACUGCGGAUAAAGCGAAAAAUCUAGUUGUAGAUACUGCCAUUGAUGGCAAAGAUUCUGUGAUUGAUGGCGCGAAAGCCGUAGGUAUAACAGUUUCAAGUACUGCAGAAAAAGUAAGAGAUGGGGUCGUAGAUACUGCUAUGGCCGGAAAAGAAUUUGUUGUUGAUGGGGCUAAAGUCAUAGCUGAAGCAACUUCAAGUACAGCAGACAACGCAAAAGACAAAAUCGUAGAUACUAUCGUUGCCGGCAAAGAUUCGCUUGUCGAUGGAACUAAAGUCGUAGGUGAAACCGUUUCAAGUGCUACACAAAAAGCAAAAGAUAAAGUUAUAGAUACGGCUAUUGCCGGGAAAGAUUCGGUUGUUGAUAGAGUUAAAGCCGUAGGUACAACAGUUUCAACUACUGCAGAAAAAACGAAAGAUGACGUCGUCGAUACUGUCAUUGCUGCCAGGAAAUCAGUCGUUGAUGGAACCAAAGCGGCAAGUGAUUCAGUUGCCAACUUCGCAGAAGAUACAAAGGAUAAAUUUGUGGACGCCGCUAUAACUGGAAAAGAGGUUACCAUUUCUGGAGCUAAACGAGUUGGUAAUGCACUCCUUAGUAGUGCAGAAGACACAUCUGAAAUAACGAAAGACAGCAUCGAGAGAGUUUCCGACUACAUGGUAGAGACAAAAGAUGCUGUGACUCAUAAGAUAGCCGAAAAUGCAGAAAGCGUGAAAGAUGAAAUGAAAGACCUUGUUCGUGCAGGUACUGACUCUUUUCAAGAAGGUGAAGAGAAAAUAGAGAAAGAGCUAACGAAAGGUAAAGAUAAAACUAAAGGCUUCUUAUCGGGAAUUUUCAAAAGCACGAAAAAUGCAUCUAAAGAAGUGGCUGAAAACGCUAAAAAAAAUGUUGAAAAAGCUGAGAAUAAGCUGAAAGAAGACAAAGAAAAACUCCCCGAAGAGGCUUUACAAACGAAAGAGAACAUUACUCAUGCUGCAGUGAAAGUUAAGCGUGACAUAAUGGAUUCUUCUCUUACGUCUAAAGAUGCUGCUGUUGAUAUUGUCAAAUCUACUGCCGACGCACUUUCGAGUACUUGCGAUCAAACGUUUAAAACCGUUGAAGAUACCGCUAAAAAAAUUUCUAACGACGUUACAGAAACGAGCGGGUCUGUAUUGAAGAAAGUGCACAAGGAUGGUAAAGACGUGACAAGUGAAUUGAAAGAUGCUGUUGCUAUGACUGCUGACAUCGCCGACGAAAGUAGAGACAAACUUGAGAUAGAAGCAUUAAAAACAAAGGAAAAAAGCAAGGGAUUUUUCUCCGAAAUUUUUAAAGGUGCGAAGCAAGCUGCUGAUGAAGCUGGUGAAGAUACGAAACAUUUCCUUGACCACACAAAGAAAGAAAUUGAAGAAGAUAGAGAAAAACUAUCGAAACAAAUGGCAGAUACAACAAAAACGGUGAGUGAUGCUGUAGACAAAACUCAAGAUAAAAUUAUGGACACGGCCGUAUCGAGCAAAGAUAUUGCAGUCGUAGUGGCCGAUACUGUUAGUGAUGUUCUUUCAAGCUCUGUGGAUCAUUCAUCGAAAACGACCAAAGACGCAAUAGAAAAAGUUGAAGAAGGUGUAGAAGAUGCAAAAGUAUCUGUCGGUGAAGCUAUUAAAAAAGAUACAAAAGAUUUGAAAGACACGAUUGUUGAAACUAUUGAAGAAAGUAACGAUAAGAUCGAGAAAGAAACACUUAAAACUAAAGAGAAAACUAAGGGAUUUUUCUCUGGAAUUUUUAAAGGAGCGAAGCAUAGCGCUCAUGAAGCUAUUGAAGGCACAAAAGAGUCUGUUGAGCAUACUCAAAAGGUGAUCGAACAAGAUAAGGAAAAAUUGUCGAAACAAGCUUCCGAUAUAAAAACUGGUUUAAUCGAUACUGCAAAGAAAGUCACAGGUGAACGAGAUAACAUUGCUGCUGCAGGAAAAGAAUUCAUUCACGAGACUGAAGAUAAAGCAAAGCAAAGCAAAGACGAACUAUCUAAGCAAAUUUCUGAUGCAAAGCUUAACAUCACUGAUACUGCUGAAAAUAUGAAGGAUAAAAUCGUAGACGCUGUUGGUGAGACUAAAAGAGCUAUUGACGAUUCAAGAAAAGCCACUGUUGAUGCAAUUUCAAGUACCACCAGACAAGCAACCGGAGUGACCAAUGAUAUAAUUGACCAAAUUGAGGCAGAUAUUGCAAAAACAAAAAAAUCUGUAACCGAUAAAGUAAAGGAAGAUACUGAGAAUUUGAAGCAUGCGGUAAAACAGGGUACUCAUACCGCUGAGGAUUCUGCUAAAGAUAUGAUGGAUAAUACACAGAAGGACGUAGUAAAAACUAAGGAUAAAAGCAAGGGUUUUUUCUCGGGUAUCUUUAAAGACGCUAAACACGCUACUGACGAAGUAGUUGACGAUGUAAAAGAAUUUAUUCGAGACACUAAGGAAGACGCGAAACAUGACGAAGAAAAAUUAUCGAAGCAUGUUUCUGAAAAAAUUACCAACGUUACUGAUGCGGCCGGAACUGUGAAGAAGAAAAUGGUCGAUGCAGCUGUUGCUGGUAAGGAUGGAACUGUUGAUGCAGCCAAUGCCACUGGUGCUGCUAUCUCAACCACUACCGAACAAGCAUCAAAGGCAGUCAAAGAUACAAUUAAAGAAGUGGCUGAUGACAUUGAAGAUACUAAAAAUAAAGCUGAAAAAGAAAUCAAGAAAGGAAAAGAUAAAUCCAAAGGCUUUUUCUCUGGAAUUUUCAAAGGAGCUAAACAUGCUGCGGAUGAAAUUGUUGAUGAUGUAAAAGAAUUCAUCCAUGAUACCGAAGAAGAAGCUAAACAUGAGGAGGAAAAAUUAUCGAAAAAAAUUUCGGCUACCAGUGAAAGCAUUCACGAUACCGCGAAAGAUGCGAAAGACAAACUAGCCGACACCGUUACUGCUAGCAAAGAUAUCGUUGCUGACACGGGUAAAGUCACAAGUGAUAAAGUUUCGAAUACUGCAGAAUUAGCAUCGAAAAAAAUGAAGGACACAACUAAAAAAAUUUCUGAGGGUGCUACAGUAGCAAAAGAUACUGUCGCUGAAACCAUGAAAAACGCCUCAGAAAGUUUCGAAGAGAAAACUAAAAACGCAGCUCAUGUCGUUGUUGAUUCUGCUGAGGCGGGUAAAGAUGCGAUUGAGAAAGAAAUGGUAAAAACAAAAGAAAAAAGCCAUGAAAUUAUCUCCGCAGUUUCUGCAGGAGCUCAAUGUGUGGCUGAGAAAAUCUCUAAAGACAGCAAGGAUUUGAUUCAUGAAGCUGAUGAAGGGGCGGAUGAGAAGAAACGGCAGAUAAAAGACAAAAUUUCGGCGAAUACAACAGCUAUGGUUGAUAUCGCAGUUAAAGCUAAAGAUCAUGUAGAUGAUACUGUUGCGGCAACGAAAAAUGAUGUACUUGAUGUCGCUAGAACCGCUGGUGAAGUACUUUCAAGUUCUGCAGAACAGGUAUCAGAAGCCACCAAAGGAACAAUUAAAAAAGUUGUCGAUGAUGCAGUCAAUGCGAAAGAAAUGGCAACCGAAAAAGUUGAGCAUGAUAUGAUGCAGUUGAAACAGGGAGUGAAGGAUAGCACUCACGCUGUUGUUGAAACCUCUGAAGAUACUAAGAGUAGAGCUAAAAAAGAGGUUGCGAAGGCUAAAGAUAAAACAAAGGGCUUUUUCUCUGGUAUAUUCAAAGGUGCGAAGCAUGCUGCUGAUGAAGUAGUUGACGAUGUAACUGAAUUCAUCCAUGAUACUGAAAAGGAUGCUGAAAAAGAACGAGAAAAAGUUGAAAAAAUCUCGGCUGAGGUAAUAAAGGACACAAAAGAAUCCAUAGAUAAAUCCACUACGCAAGUAUCAGAAGGUAUAGUAAAAAUUACUGACAAAUCAGAAAAAUUGAAAGAACAUGUACAUGAAAAGAUGGAAAAGCUCGAGGAGGAUGCAACUGGUGCAAUAAAGACUGCUGGUGAUACAUCUCGAGAUGCUGUACAUGAUGUAGUGCAUGUAUCACAAAAAGCAAGUGAAAAACUCGGUGCCGACUUAAGCCACGCCAAAGAUACGACGCAUCAAGAAAUGAGAGAUGGGGCUCGUAUUGCCAAAGAACAAAUAGAAGGAAUUACAGACCCAGCUGAUGCUGCUAAAGACCAAGCAAAGAAGAAAAUUGAAAAGUCGAAGGAAAAAACCAAAGGCUUCUUUUCAGGUAUAUUUAAAGGUGGAAAGCACUCUUCAGAAGAAGCUAUCGAUGGCGUAUCGAAGAUCCUUGAUGAGACAGGUCGAGAAUUAGAAAAGGGGGCUGAAAAAACUUAUGAAGUUUCGACCGAGGUCUCCAAUUUUGGUGAAGAAACUAGGACUAAACUCAAUGCUGCAAAGGAUGAAAUAGUGCGAGAAACAUCUGACGCAAUCACAGACGUAAGCGAAGGGAAAACAAAAAUGUUUGCUGAAGAGCCACAGAACAAAGCUGCCGAGGAAGAAAAACUCGCUCAGAACGUAUUGAAAGACGUAGCAAAAUCGGUGAAAGAUAUUCCAGAUAAAAUUGUGAUUGAUGUCCACGGAGCAAAAACAGGAAUAGAUGAAAAAGCGGCGGAAGGAAUUCAACAAACCAAAGAUGAUUUUGGGAAGCAUACCACUGACGAAAUUAUAGAGAACGUCAAGGAAUCUGACAGAAGUAGUGCUGAUCAUUCAAUUUCGACGGUAGAGCCUAACUCGUCAUUGAAACAGGAUAAGUCAAAGCAACCAGGAUUUUUCGCUGGUAUUAUGAAAGGUGCUAAGCAUGCGUUAGAAGAAGUGACCGAUGAUGUAAAAGAAUUUUGGGAUGAAGCUAAAGAAGAGGCUGAAGAAGAUGAAGAACUUAUAAAACGCAAAAGUUUAGAUGCCACAAAAAAUCUCAAACAUGAACUCGCUAGUUCUGAUCAACGUGUUCAAAUUAAUGCAGAUGGGUGUCUUGAUUUUAAAGAACUAGAAACUGUUUCACUGAAACAAGAAAAAGAAGGAAAGGUCAAAACGGAGAAACAAAAGAGCAGUGGUCCAAUCUUCGGCAUUUUAAGACGUGACAAACAUGAAAAAGAUGACUGCGAUAAACACUCCACUGUAACUCAGGUCAUUGAAGAUAAAAUGCAGGCAGUGUCGAAAUCGACAACAUCGGGAAUAGAAAUGACUGCAAAAGAAGUCAAAGAUGAUUUAAAACCACUACAAGAGAAAGUUAUUGACAGGAGCAAGGCUGUAAAAGAAUCCAUUGAAGAAGCAAAAAAUCAAGCCGAGAGGGAUAUGAAGAAAGCAAACGAAAAAACUUCAAAUUUCUUCUCGGGAAUAAUGAAGGGUGCCAAACACGCGGUAGAAGAUGUUUCUGGCGACGUUCGUGAGUUUUGGGAUGAGAGCAAACAAUCUGCCACAGAAGAAGGAAAACUAAUCCAAGAAGAAGUGAAAGCUACUGGAAAACUGUUGGAAACAGAGAAAGAUGAAGCAUCACCAGAUUCUAUAAAAAGAGAGAGAAAAAUAGCUUCUGAAGUGUCUUCACCGUACGAGGGCACUAUUCCAACUGUUGCAGACUCCUUAUUGUCAAGUCAACCAUCUGAAAAAUCAACUCUACCAGUUCAAGACAUUCACUCAGCAACACUAGCUUUCCUAGAAGAUUCUCGAGAAACUGCGCUGCGAACCGAUGAUAGAAUGGUCAGUCCUUCUAUCGAAAGUGAAUCUUUACCGGAAGAAAAAAGUUCAAAGGCAAAAUCAAAAGGUGUAAUUUCGAGUAUGCUGAAGGGCACAAAAAAAGCCACAGAAAAAUUCUGGGAGGACACCAAACCUGAGUUUGCCCGUGAGUCUGGUAGUUACGACGUAUCUUCCCCGCAACGAAAAGCAGAUAAGAAAAGUGAUAAAGUAGACGAAGCCCAGGUAACUCUAGAAUCGUUCGGCCCAAUUGAAAGUAGUACUCAGGAAACAAAGGCAAUAACAAAAUCAGUCUCAGGCAUUCCACAAAAAAUCGAUACAGCUAAAGAAUUUGAUAGAGAAAUUAGAGUAGUAAAAACUGAAAGGUCAGUGGAACGAGAGUUAGGUGAUAGUAAUAGGAUGAGGGGUGUAGGGCACCUUGAGCCUCAUGAACGGGAAACCGUCACGACAAUAGUAACAAAGUCGUCUAUGAGGACGACAAUGUCGACCCCGCCACCCAGCCCCGACGAGCUCGGUGACAGUAGAAUUAAAGAUAUAACAGAGGAAGCUGCUAAACGGGCCCAAAGCUUGGCAGACGAAGCAAACCAACUAGAAAAAUCAGAUAUCAGUAUUGAAGAAUCUAACCAGAAGAGUAAGAUACCGAUAAGAGCAAAGGAGAAAAAGGAGAAAGAUAGGAUGGAUGAAAUUGUCACAAAAUCAAAAGUUGAAGAUGGUGAUCAAACACUCGUCAGACAAUCAGUUGUAACAGAAAGAUUGGAAGGUGAUAAUGGUGAGACGUCUAUCGUGACGAGAACAGUGACAUCGAUAGUAUCAGAGAGUUCCGUGUCUUUGAGCCAAGCUGACAUUGACAAAAUCAUGGAAUCAAGAACUUUUGCAGAUCCAAUAAAUAGUAUUACAGAAACAAGCACAAGAAUGAUAACCGAACGAAUACCAAAAUCAACCUCGAAAGAAGACAGCGGUGCAUGUACAAGUGUCAAAGAAACGGUAAGAUCUAUUAGCACCAAAAGCUCCUGGGAAUCUUCAUCGCGAUCCCACGAUAAGGACAAUUGGGAUCAGGUGCAAUGCUCAUUAGACACAUCUCCAGGCUCCGUCGAUAUCGCCUUCACAAAGAAUGGUGAUUCACGUCACGAACUGCCAAGUGACAGUGACAGUGAUGGCUCACCCCGAGCUCGCAGACGAUCAUUAAGCAAAAGACGAACACUGGGCAGCUCAAGUGGAUCGGAUGUUGCUCUCCACGAAGGUGCUGAACUAUCACCUUUAGAGGACGACCAAGAAUCUGACUUUAUGCAACAGAGCGAACCAUCUUAUGUCGAGACGACAACGACGGAAAUUGACCCAGUAACAAAUGAAAGAAUAACAAGAACGACACGAGUACUAGCAUCAUCAACAACUGGAGGGGCAGCUGGAUCAGACGAACUCCGAGAAUCGAUGCAAAAGAUUGUUGACCAAUUUAUGACAGAGGAAAGAAGAGGGCAGUAAAUAUAAUGAAAGCAAAAUGAACUAAGUAAAUUGAAGAUUAUUUUGCGAAAUUGGAGUAGCCAAGGAGUAUGAAUUCCUUGCAAUAGAUUCAAAUUUCUGAUGUUAAUCAGUAUUUUGUAAAUUUGUGUUUGCCAUUUUAAAAGUGCAUGUGCGUAAAAAUUAUGGCCUAGGCUUCCGUAUUUUUCGAAUCCAUGGUAUAUUUUUAGUUAAAAUUUCAAGUUCGGAGGCUUUUUGGAGUUACAUUCAAAUAAUUGAUAUUUGAAUAAAUAAUUGUGAACCAGUAUGACUAGUUUUUCACUAGUCAUUACUACGCAAGACCAUUCAAGUAAUGUAAACAAGAAAAAUGGUCUGUUCUUCUAUUUGCUUUGUACUUUAUAUCCUGAAUUCCCUAUCAAGCAUAUCCAACGAAUGCCUGAAAUACACAGAAACGAUGUAAUACUUUGAAUUAUCCUUCGCUUUAUCGAAAUAACUUACUGUGCAGCGAACUGUCCGCAUCUGCACGAAAGAAAAUGAAUACAUCGCUUGGUAAAUAUGAAAAAUGAUAAUGUUUUUUCAAAGUAACUCUUAAGCUUCGAGCUUGCAUAUUGCAAUACAAGAAGAAGAAACAAUCCGCUUCACUGCUAUGUCAAAAGGAUCAGAAUGAAAUUUUCCAUCGCAUCAAUAUAAACAUGAAUUUAAGAAUGACAAUGAAACUUGUAUAGUCACAUGCAAGCAAAAAUAAUACAAUGUAAAUUAUUUCUUAUUCGAUGACAAUUUUCUCAUGUGAAUUUUCAAUUAAAUUGUAUAUUAUCAUUAUUUUCUUAUCUUAAUAUGGUAUAAAUGCGUAAUUAUUAUAUACCUAUGAUCAUGCAUAACAGAAUGUAGACGAUUAUUUUAUUUAUGCAAAGAUGAUAUUGAUCAUAGUGAAAAUGUUAUUGGAUGGAAAUUCAGUAUUUUCAAUCAUGCUUCAUUCUCACAUUUGUUAGUGAGGAAAUGAAAAAUAGAGAAGAUAACACUAUAUUGACAGGAAAAAUUACUGGGAAGUAUCUCCAAUAGCUGAAUUCAUGAAACAGUAAAGCUGAAAUAAUAUAAAGACUCACGUUUAGGCUAUCGCAAAGAUUAGCUUUCGUUGUCAUAAUAAUUGGAAAGAUUGAAUUAUGGAAAGUUUCUAGACUAUAUUUGAGAUCCAUAUUUAAAUGAUUAGGAAAAUCAUUGAUGGGAAAUAUGAGGAUUGUAAUAAAUUAAGAUAAAUGGAGAAAAAAAUCUGUUCUAGAUUGAGAAUAUUCUAUUAAUAAUAUAUAAUAUAUUGUAUUUGAUGAAAUAUGACUGCACAUUCAAGAUUUAUAAAUUAUUGUACCUAUGUCUCAACAAAUUGCAUUCAAUAGACUUUGCCUAGAGCCCAAUUAACCUAAGGACCAAAGGCACAAUCAUAACUCCUAUCAUUUCAAUUAUGCGUAUUCAUUAAUUUCGGUGGUUUUAUGUCUACGGAGAUGGUGGUAUUUGUGGAAGACUUGUAGAAAAAUCUGCAUUUUUUAUUUCUCUGCAGUGCUUCUCACCAUUUCCACUCUGAGAAUUGGCAUUGCAUUUUUUGCAAAUUCAAAAACUGUUGUCCGGGCUGUGGCGAUAGCAAUUUUUUCUCUCGUGCGAUUUUAAUGUCUCACGGGUAAAAGUUCCAUCGCUACAGCUCAGUAAUACAUUAUUUACCAUUGAUUUUUGUAGGUAAGUUCAAUUCUGUUAAUGUUUAAUUAUUUCAAAUCAUUUGUUUUAUAAGUUUCAAUCAAGAGACAAGAUGUAUUUUAUCGUAACCAAAUGGAUAAGGAAAUAAAGGCGGGCAGACAAUUAAAGUAA